AUGUAUGGCUUGUUCUCCCAUGUGGGUGACCCAUUCCUCGUGACCCCCUUGCCCCGGGAGUACGUUCUCUACCUGCGCCCCACUGGUCCCCUGGCUCAGAAGCUGUCUGAGUUCUGGCAGCAGUCAAAGCAGAUCUGUGGGAAGAACAAAGCUCACAACAUUUUCCCACAUAUCACCCUUGCCAUGUUCUUUUAUGGUAAACCAGAGCUUCUCUUUCCGCUUCUGCAGGCCACCGUGAUGCGGCUGGAAAUGCAAUCCCUGCUCCUCUGGUCUCUGCCUUUGGAGCUCUACAACCCUCAAAACUUUCAUGGUCUUUUUGUCAAGGAAGAAAGUGCUGAGGUGCUCAAGAAGUUUGCUGCAGACUUUGCUGCAGAGGCUGCUUCUAAAGCAGAUGUUCAUGUGGAGCCCCACAAGAAGCAGCUCCACGUGACACUGGCCUAUCACUUCCAGACCAGUCACCUGCCCACGCUGGAGAAGUUAGCACAGAACAUCGAUGUCAGGCUUGGCUGUGACUGGGUUGCUGCAAUAUUCUCCAGAGACAUACGCUUCGUCAAUCAUGAGACUCCUGCAAGUGAUCUAUCCUUUAUCACCCCCCAGAAUGAUGAUGAGCUGGAGCUGGUCCCAGGGGAUUUUAUUUUCAUGUCCCCAGUGGAACAAACCAGUACAAGUGAGGGCUGGAUUUAUGGCAUUUCCCUAUGCAACGCUGUUUCUGGGCUACUGCCUGAAAAUUACAUCACGUAGGCGGAUGAAUGUGGGACCUGGGUGUUUCAUGGGUCCUACUCAAUUCUGAACACCACAUUUUCCCCAUCCCUUCAAGCCUUCACUGACGGAGCUCUGGAAAGAAGACAGCAGGAAGAUCAAGGACCUGGGGACGCAGGGCCACUCACUAUCAUCUGCCAGAACAUGCAGCCCCUGAGAAUAACCAGCCAGCCAGGGCCUCAGAAACGCUGCCUGUUUGUCUGCAGACACGGGGAAAGGAUGGAUGUCGUGUUUGGGAAGUACUGGUUGUCCCAGUGCUUCGAUGCCAAAGGAAGGUAUAUGCGUAGUAACCUGAAUAUGCCUCACAGCUUACCUCAAAGAAGCGGCGGUUUCAGGGAUUAUGAAAAAGAUGCACCCAUCACCGUGCUGGGCUGUACACAGGCAAGGCUUGUUGGUGAAGCCUUGCUAGAAACCAGCACCAUUGUAGACUACAUCUACAGCUCCCCAUCCCUACGGUGCGUACAGACAGCACACAAUAUCCUGAAAGGUAUGCAACAAGAGAAUAACCUGAAAAUCCGGAUAGAGCCAGGCUUGUUUGAAUGGACCAAGUGGGUCUCUGGGAACACAUUACCUGCCUGGAUACCCCCUGUGGAUUUAGCUGCAGCUACUCUAAGCGUUGAUACAACCUACAGACCUCAUAUUCCUGUCAGCAAGUUAGUGGUUUCCGAAUCUUAUGAUACGUACAUAAGUAGAAGCUCCCAAGUAACAAAAGAAAUCAUCAGUGAAUGUAAAGGCAAAGGAAAUAACAUCCUGAUAGUGGCACACGCAUCCUCCCUGGAGGCUUGUACCUGCCAGCUCCAAGGGCUCUCACCACAGAACUCCAAGGACUUUGUACAGAUGGUCCGAAAGAUUCCAUACUUGGGGUUUUGUUCGUGCGAAGAACUGGGAGAUACAGGCAUUUGGCAGCUUACAGACCCCCCCAUCCUUCCUCUCACACACGGACCAACUGGAGGCUUUAACUGGAGAGAAACCUUACUACAAGAAUAGGCAAAGUGACAUAAGCAAGGAAAAUCCAUGGCCUUUCUAAGCGUUGGAGAAUGUCUCUUCUUUCUCGUGUUUAUUGACAGUGGAAAAAUAGUCAUAAUAUGUUCAGUGGAUCACACAGAGAGCUGUUCUAGCAUAUCUCUCACCCAGCAACAGUCAUGCAACAAUUCUCAUACACAACUAGGUCAAUACAAGAGGUAUUCGAGGGUAAAAAUAUCAAAAUACAGGCUGGAGCUCUUGCAUAGGAGGGAGUCGCUGUUCAGUCAGUAGCUCGGGUAGAUUUUCCCACCUUGAAUGGAGCUCUGGUAACACCAGGAACUUUCACUGCCUCUGCACCACAUUAGAAACAACACACUGUGUAAAAGCAAGCAUUCAGGAUGCUGGGGGUUUUUUUCACUACUAUUUUCGCAAAGCAUUAGCAGGCUCAUUCAGGAUCACGUGUUGACACUGCCAUCACUCACACCACCCACAUUCUCAGCACCUUCCAUAAAGUAUUAUCACCACCAGCUGGAAAUGAGAGUCCAGCAUUGCCUCUGCAGGCAGGCAUCCAACUAUUCCUGUCCGUUUCAGCGCUGUGUUAGGGGUUGCGUUGGGCGCACCAUGGAUGCAAAGAGCGGUUGAUGCUGAUGCAUAUCAGAAGAAAGCUCUGAACUUCACCUCAAUUACAGAUGAAGUUUGCACAAUAAAAGGCAGCACCAUUGUGAACAAAGACUGGGAGCAGUUUCUUUUAACUGGAUAUGAAAUAAGCCUUUUCCAACCAAACCUAAAGGAUUUGGAAAGUUAGGCAUUGGAUUUUUUUUUUUUAUUUAGUGCACAGACUUAGCCUGAAGCGUUUGCAUCAUUUAAGUUCCCUUUAGAAGACCUUGAAAAAGGCAUUUCCCUUUCAGACUGAGAUUUUGUGCUGGUCCUUUACACAGUGGUGGCUUUCUGUCCCUGUGAGCUUUUCUGUCAGCCUUGGUGAGGUUCAGCAGUUCAGCUUUCUUCAGGAGGUGAUGUUGAAAUCAAAAAGAUGCUGAAACUUACCCUGGGCUGCAUAUUUUGCUUCUUUUUCCUAAGUGCCAUCUGUCAUAAAGACAAAGCAGAGCUGAAAAAACAGUACACAUGAAUUUAGGAGGCACAUGCUUUGACUUACUAAGAUGCUACUUAUCUGGUGGGGAAAGGGUUAUGUUUGGGAGAAGGGGAAGAGAAGAGUUUCCAUCUCUGAAGUCACAAGAAGUGUCCUCUUAGUGCAACAGCCUGCAACAUGGGCCAAUACUAGCCACUUCAUGGGAGAAUACAACAUACACCACAGUGGGUAGUUCAUAGUAUAAACUGGUUUCAGAGCAGGCUUCUUUUGGAUUAAUAUCAUCCUAAAUCAUCUACCUUGGGUCAAAAAGUUCCUGGAGGCAUUUGUAUGGGUCUUGGCAGCAUAGGCUCACUUUGAGAAGGUACUUAAAAUGUGCUUACAUGGGAUGAAAGAGAUGUAGGCAUCCUUCAUUCUUGGUUUGGGCCAUAAGCAUGAGUAUGCCCAGAAAUACCAUCAAAGGCAAGUUCAGAAGUACCAGGAAAGAAAUCCUGGCAUCCUAGGUACCCCUCUUCUGUCCAGCUUUUCCUGGGCAGAAAGCAUUCGUGUCCUCAUUUGAGAUGUUUGUAUGGCAUGUGAGUUUAUAUUGGCCAACUUUGACAAAGGUUUAUUAUUCAUAGCAAGGUUGAAGUUGGUUUCUUAUAACCUAUCAGGCCUUCAGCAGGACCAGUCUCACCUUCAGCAGGAUGUGUCUGAGCUGCACUUUCAGCAGUCAGAAGAGGUAAGGUGUGAUGAACUGUAAUCCCUUCUCCGUAAAUGAGGCAGAACACUCACAAGCUGCGACACAACAAAUCUUAAGGGGUUUUAGGUCAGAUUUGUCUCCAGGUUUUACUGAUCUUGCCAAGGAGAGUACAUCAGAUUCUGUACAUAUUUAGAGUCAGCAGAGAGCUCAUCCUGUGCAAUACAUACAUCAUCACGAUCCAUAACAGUCCAUUGUUUAUACACCUAUGACUAUGUAACACACACAGGCCAUUCAUAAGUGCAUUAUUAUACCAGGGAUGUAUACCAAAAUGUCAGGGAGAUAACUUAUGAGAUGACAGAAGAGACUGCUCCUAUGCAGUUUUGCUGCUGUCACUUUAGUUUUUAACUGUAAUUUAAACUAUUUUUGGCUGUGUAGAUAUUCUGAAGAGCUUUUCUGGCUUGUUUUCCUCUAUGCUUACUCACUGCAAACUUGCAAAGAGUUUAAAACUAAAUAGAUGACAAUCACACCAAAACUUAUUUGGUUACGGACACACAUAAUUAUCCGGACUGCUUUUUGUUUCAGGCUAUGGGUCACCAAAAUGUAAUCCGGGCCAACAAAUAUUGCCUAUAUGAAACAGUGGAGGCUGCUCAGAACCUUUUGCAGUUAAAGGAACUUUACAAGGAGUUUAUUUAGAAAGAAGCAUGAAACAGAGUGGAACUAAAACCUGAAUGCAGAGUUUGAAUAUUGUACUAGCUGAUCUUUGCAUAUAGUAAGCAAUAUAGAAAAGAGUGUUCUGUUUGAGAAGGUAGAUGUUAAAACACUUCUCAAAAAAAAAAAGGGUAUAUUUUUGGAUGUUUGGGAAAGUAUUUUGACAAUUGUAGUCUUAUCUCAAAUUAAUUUUUUCAGGUGUCAAGGAUCCAAGAAAGAAAAACCUUAUUUUCAUCUAGCCUUUUGAUUUCUCAUUGGGUUUUGCGUUAAGCCUGAUGUUGACAAGGCUCAUUGGGGAGAAAAAGGGGAAAAAAAAAAAAAAGAUGUUCCUUUUAAAUUUUUAAUUGAGAUGUUAAGAAUACAAAACAAUUGCUGCUUCCUUUUCAUUCUAUUGCUGCUCAUUAAUGUGUAUUUAAUGUCACUUCAGUGUUUUGUCCCAGAACAUUAGACUUGAUCUCUCUAAAGUGUGUGCAAGUCUUUUCCUUGCCUUCACUGUGAGCUGCAUCAGAUCCCAAAAGCUUAAUUAGGCUUUAGGAGGCAAACAGCAGUUCCUAGAUUUUUUUCCUCUCUUCCUACUUAAGAAAUGACACUGAAAAUCUUCAAAGAAUAAGUUGUUCACCCAAUAUUUUCAUACACUGCAACUUUAAGGGUUGGGCUAGAAAAAUACACAACUCAAAGUGCAGGACUGAAUCCCAGCAGAGCAGCAGCUGACAGGAUGGCACUCGGCACCAGAAGGUCAAACCCAGGGUAUCUGACAAAGGUCCAUUUGAUCAAGAGUUUGCCCUUAUCGCUGGAGUGUCUCCCUCCCCCUCUGCUGAAGUGGAUGGAAGUGGGCUGCAGUAUGCCCCAAAGCCAAGGUUUGACCUCUGCCAGGGGAUGCCUUUCUAGUUUAAUGCCAGGUCUAAAGUCCCAUGCAUUUCCCUUACAUUUAGUGCAGUGACAGCUACAGCCAAGUAUUUAAAUCCCCUGAGUAGGGAUCCAGGUUCUCCAUGAGUGUACAUCGACAUCAUAUACUCAAAUCAACAGUUUUCCUUUAUGCAAACUAAGGAUCUAGGCCAUAACUUCACAAAAGAAACACCCAUAUUUCCCUUUCCACUCAGUCCAAACAGUUUUAGAAAGAAGUCAGCUGACAGCAGGAGCCUCCUCCUCUCCUCUGGUGUUACCUUCUAGUUUCAACAUUAUUAUGAAAGCGAUAAUUUACAUCACCAAAUAAGUGAUUAUUUACAAUAAUUUUGCAGGAAUUCUCUUUCCUCGCAAUGCAAGCGGCAAUACUGAAAAAACAGAGGGUAGAAGGGAUGCUAGGGCUCUAUUUCCCAGCAUAUUCUUUGGCAGCCCCAAUUCCCCAGGUAGCAAUGUCUCAGGGUCAUCUCUGACUGUGCGCUAAGUGCGGCUCUUGGGUUUAAAGAAUGCAGAGGGCAUUGUGUCCAGUACUGAAGCAAACCUGGUCUGCUUCACUCCUUUGCAGUGCACUGGAUGGGAGGGGUUGUAAACCUUUCCCUCUGGGUCACGUGGAUCCUUACAAUGACCAGAAGAAACAAAGAGGAAGGUUUCUAACUAUAUUUCCUCAGUCUUCAGUCCCCACCACCACUGACUGUAUGAAGAAUCUGGAGAGCCCAUAUCUGCACAGUCAAGCCUUUCCAGCCCUGAUCCAAGAAAUGCAUGCAGAAGUAGGGUGAGACUUAGUGUCCGAUUGUAUACAUGCUCAUUUCAAGAAGAGGGACACUAGAUAGGCGAGUUAGGCUGUAGUCAACUAAACUUCAUGUAAACCCAGAGCAGGAAGUGAGUUUGCAACACUUCACAACAUAAAAUGUAUUGAAAUUCCAUAAGAAAAUUAUUCUUUAGAGAGGGAGCCUUAAUAGGGUUGGGGGGUUUGUUGUUAUUUGUUUAAGAACCUAAGCCUAGGGGAUAUUAUUUGAACUUCAAAAAUAUGUGUGAAAUGCUGGUGGUAGCAGAUGUGCUUAAAAUACUGAAUGAACGCAAAAACAAUUUCACAGUGUGAUUGGUUGUGUGCAUUCUUCACGACUUACUUCUCACCACUUCCUCAACUCCUCAUUCUGUGGGGAACAUUCAUCACCCCUUCACGCUACCCAACAGAAAAUAGACAGCCAGUUCCUUUUGAUUACUUCCCAUUACAUUGUAUUUUCUGAAGUUUCUCUCUGUGGACAUCUCUUAAAUCUUGAUAUUAUCAACGGAUACUUUGUUUUUCUCAUUUUAAACCUGUUGUUUCACUCCGUUUCUUAUGUUUUUUUUGUGUGAGCGGAUUGUAUUUAUUUGAGAAAAAUGUUUGCUGUUUUAAAAAAACCAAUAACUGUAUUGCCAAAAAUAGCUGUAAUUACCUGUGACAUCCGUAUUUUUUUAUUUGGGGGGGAUGGGGUCGGUUGGUUGUUUUUAAUCUCAGUUUCAAGUGCUAACAACUGUUAAAACAACCACUGCAAUUUAAUUUGCUUAUUACA